UAAACAGACUAAAGACCUAGACCAUAAUUGUUUACAUUUGCUAGGUAGCGAGAAAUGAAAGCUAUCUAAUGAACCAAUAGAUACACUCAGAAAAUACCAAACCAAUCAUGUAUAGCAUUUAUACCAAUGACGUAAAGCCGAUGUACAGACAAUAUCGAGUAGAUCUAACAGUUUUUAAACUAUCGAUCUUUUGAUUUCGUGUAUUAAGUUGAUUUGUGAUGACGUAAAAUUACAUGGCCCAGUGACCGGUACACAUUGGUGUUCAAUAAUUAAAGUUUUUAAUGUAAAGACUAUGUUAUUCAUGGCUAUCCUUAAGUGUUCGGAUAUAUGUUGGAAUUGUGGGUUUCUGUAUUGAAUUAGGAAAAGGAAAUAUUCUUAUUUUGCUGCAAUACACAAGUCUAAAAUUUUAUUCUUACCGAUUUGUGUAAGGUGUUGAUAUAUUGGGAUAUACUUUGACAGGAAGUUCUAAUAAGUUUUACUUAAUUUGAAUGUGAAAUUAGUUCCUUUAAAAGCAUGUGAGCAAUUAGACAAUCCUGAUAGAUAAUCUAAUUUAUGCAUUAUUUGCCAUGGGAAGUGGUGCAUCUACAGAAGAUGGCUCAAGUAGGCCAAGUACUGUUCAAAAGGUCAAUGUGAAACCAGUGACCAACAAUAACAAUAAAAAAACUACAAUGAAUUCCAAAACCACACCAGCUGCUACUCCUAGGGCAAAUGCGUCAACACCACGAAAAAAAGAAUUUCAAGAAGUUGAGAUGAAAAGUAAUAAUAAACCUAAAGAAACCACUAAACCAAGCAAUAAUACAUCUAGUCGUCCCAAUCAGCAACAGAGCAGUCGAAAACCCGAGGAAAGUAGUGCAGCUGCCGCGAGUGGGGGUGGGGGAUCAAGAGGGAAAGGAACUCAGCAACAGCAAAACAGAUCUGAAGUUGAUGAGAGCCAAGAAGACAUAGUAUUUGAGACAUUUUACCAUAGAAGUGGGAGAGAGUUCCAAUGCAUGUAUUUGAAUGGUAUGAGAUUCUACCUGGAUGAUUGGGGAUCAAAGGAAUGGCAACCAUUUCCGAAGAGAUGGUACCAAGAAGGUCUUUUGAUAACAAACACAGUUGUAAAAGAUGCUGAAAAUGAUCAAAGAAACAGGGAAGCAGCUGGUGCAGCAGGAAGUGGAGGGGGUACCAGUGGAGGAGGUCAAGGAGGUCCAAAACCAAGAGAAAACCAGUCACGAGGGUCAGGUGGAGAUGACAGGGAAGGCCACAUCACACAUCCUCGUAAAAAAAAGAUACCAACAUAUAUUUUUCAGAGAAAACACAACAUCCAUUGUUUUUAUGACCACGAUAAUGGUCAAUGGAUGAGGAUGCCGAUUGGUUAUGAGUUACACCAUGAAAUGGUUAGUAAAUUAGUGGACCAAGUUGAGGAGGCACUACCACAUUGGAAUGACCGACAUGAUAUUCUGGCUAUGUUACGGCAGUGUAAUUACGAUGCUGAUGAAUGUAUAAAUACAUACCUACAUCUAGAAGGAGAUGAGUGGUUAAAGGCUCCCAAAACAAGUAAAGAGGCUAAAGACAUGAAUAACAAAGAAGAAAGAUUGAAUGAAUUAGAACAAACUGUUAAACAACUGAGAGCAAAACUAGAUCAAGAAUCAAGAGCAAAAAAUGAAGCUGAAAGAAUAGUUAAACAACAAGAAGAUAAAAUCACAUCAUUGGAAGUAGAGAGCAAGCAAGCUGAAGCCCAGUUAGCAGUAUUACAAGAAAGACCAAAGACAGCAAUGAGACCUAAAACACCUCAGGUAGUAACCAAAGUAGUGAAGGAAGAAACAGUUAACCCAGAUGAUGUUAAACAGCUAAAUACCAGUGUUAUACAGCUGAGGAAGGCCCAUGUUCAUCUAAAGAUGGAGGUCCAGAGAUAUUUUGAUGGUCUCAAAGGAUCAAUAGGCGAGUGUGUAGGUGGUAUGAAGAAAAUGAAGAACUCUGGAGCUGCUCAAUCAGAAGAAAUGGAAGAAGUCAGGGCAUUAUAUAGAAAGGAAGCUUUACAGAGAAAGAUACUUUAUAACCAGUUACAAGAAAUGAGAGGAAAUAUACGGGUGUUCUGCAGAGCUAGGAAGGAUGACCGAGCAGAAAAUUGUCUGAAAUUCCUAAAUGACCAAGACCUUGUGGUCAACACUCCUCAGAGUGGAAAGAAAAUGUUCUCAUUUGACAAAGCUUUUGAUCCAAAUACUUCUCAAGAACAAGUCUUUGAAGACACAAAGGGCAUUAUAACAUGUUGUGCAGAUGGGUACAAUGUGUGUCUAAUGGCCUAUGGUCAAACAGGGUCUGGUAAAACAUUCACCAUGAUGGGUCCUGAUAGUAACCCUGGUAUUAAUAUCCGGGCAAUUAAUGAAUUGUUUAAAGUAUGCAAAGAGAAAAAGGAUACUGUAACAUAUGUCUUGAAGGUGUCAUUAAUUGAAAUCUAUAACGAGACAAUUCAAGAUUUACUCACAAAGGAGGCUAAGACCUUAGAUCUGAAAACAGCUGGCAAUAAAAUCAAUAUACCAGGGUUGACAGAAGUUGAUAUUAAAACUUUAGACGAUAUAAAAAAAGUUAUGGCAAUGGGAGAUAAAAAUAGAACUACUGCUUCAACUAAAAUGAACUCGACCAGUUCACGUUCACAUUUACUACUGUUGUUGUCUGUAGAAGGUACAGAUAAAAUUACUGGUGCAAUAUCUAAGGGAACUUUGACCUUGUGUGACCUUGCAGGGUCAGAGAGGAUUUCUAAGACAGAGGCUGAAGGACAAAGAUUGGUAGAGGCAGCUGCUAUCAAUAAAUCAUUGUCUGCACUAGGACAGGUAUUCACAUCAUUAAGACAGAGUCAGUUGCAUAUACCUUACAGAAAUUCUAAACUUACUCAGAUCUUGCAACCAUCUUUAGGAGGAGAUGCCAAGGCAUGCUUGUUUGUGAACAUAAGUCCAGAUUCCUAUAAUUGUUCAGAGACAGUAAGCACACUGACAUUUGGUUCUAAUGCCAAGCAAGUAGCAUUAGGUCAGGCUAAACAGAAUAUAAAGAAAGGAAACUAGUCACAGUAAAGAGGGAGUAUGAGUCUCGUAUAUAUAAUGGAGGAAUUAUGUAGUUUUAAGAAGAGGAAAAAUUUGUAAUGUUUAGGCCAUGCUAAAUUUUAUAGGUUUUCAGAUACCUAUGUCAAGAGUAAUUGUUGCCUACAGAAUACAACUUUAUAGAAAAUUCUCUGUUAUUUAUAUGUGAAUAAAACACCUCCAAUAUAUGUCAAGUAUAUCAAGUGUCUGAGAAAAUUGUAACCAAUAUCAUAUGGCCUUAUCUUUAUAUUUUAUGUAUGCCUUCAUGCAAUUUCAACAGAUGCAUAGAAAACAGUUCAGCUUGGCAAAAGUCAUACAUUUCCCUUCAUAUAUAAACAUUCUUACCAUUGAGUGUUUAAAUUAUUUUGUCUCAGAAACAAGAAAUAUACUAUCAUGCAAUAGCAUAUGAAUAUUCAUGACAACAGCAUGAACAUUUUCUUUUAGAAUUGACUGAAAAUUACGAUCAUUAACAUAUUGUAUAUUUGUCGAAAUGUCAGCUCUGUUUUAUAAACUACUAUAUCAAAUAAGGUUUAUGUUAUUAUAAGAAACAAUCUUUCACAGAAUAUUCCACAAAGAUGACACUUAAUUUCUGAUUUCUUAAAUUGGCAUACCUCUAGUCUUUUCUGAUUUCUUUGAUCUCUAUUUGUAAUUGUAAAAUAUUCUACAUUUCUGUUUUUUCUUGACAAUGUGUUGAAAUAGGAGUGUAAACUACAUAGUGAUUUGUUAUAAAGCCUGUCACCAUCAAAGUGAAUCUGUGAUAUUGUUUCAAGAUAUUAAUGUGUUGAAUUUUAAAUUAUAGAUAUACAUAUUUGCUGAUCAUAGUUUAUUGAUGCAUUGAUAGAGUUUAUUGAUGCAUUAAUAGGGAAACUAGGAUUUAAAAAAAUAAUUGGAGACCAACUUACAAAUGAGACCUGUCUAUGCAUUAACCAUAUUUGUAUCCCCAUUAGGGAUGAGGGGGGUAGGAGGGGUCCCGAAAUCCCGGGCUUAAAAUCACCAGACCCCGAAAUCCUGAGCUUAAAAAAACGAAAUCCUGAGGUCCUCAAAUUGGAAAAAAAGAAUUCCCGGAUCCCGAAAGAGUCAAUCCUGAAAUCCAGAGCUUAAAAACAUGCAUAUAUGCAUAUAGUAAACAACUGAAAACAUAAAAGAUAUGUGAAUGGGGAAUCCCUUUAUGAGUAAUAAAUAAUUGAAGCUCAUUCAAGCUAGCAGAAACACAGCUAUUCAGAGAUUUAUAAAAUUCUACUGUUAUUUUUUGCUAUUUUGAAUUCUGUAAUGUUUCAACCUUAUUAACUGAUGCUGAAACCAGUAUUGUAUAUUUUGUAACUAGUAAUUUAUUGUCUGUGAUACAUGUUGAUGUAUAUAUUUAUGUAAUGACAAGACACAGAAGUGAAAAAAGAAAAGUUUUGACCAUUUACAGACUUGUUCUGAAACAAACAGAAAGCAGUGGCUCAUAAUGUAUAGAAUAACAUGUUUUAUUGCAAAAUAGUAGCAAAUUUUCCAUAUUUUUUUCUAUGAAGUAUGUAAUUCCACGAUUCAAAUUAUUCCAACCAAUUAAAGAAAUAGUUUAUCUCAUAUAAGGUUGUGGUUGUAUUGAUAAAAUAUUGCUCAAUUGCAACUUUAAUAUUGUGACAAAUUAGUUUUAGGCUAGAAUAAUAGUGCUUCAUAUGGCACUUUUAUUUGUUUACAGGAUGAAAACUCCUGGAAUGAAUGUCAAAUCUCAUAACUGAUUUUUCACAGAAGUGUUACUAGUAGAAUACAAAUGUAUGUACAUAAAAAUGCCUCUUGAUUCCUAAAAUUCUUGAGAAUAUAGUGAAAUCUACUGUUUAGAAAUCCUAAUUAGAAAGUGUAUGGAUAAGUUUAUAUUUAUUAUCGAAUGGAAAUAUAUGGGCAUUUACUAAUGUUAGUAAUAUUAAAUGCAGUGGCUUAUAAAAUGUGAAAUUUACAAAUAGAUGAUAUUGUAUAGUAAUUUAAAACCCUCACGUCUUGCAACCCUUUUAUGUUUUUUUUUUAACAAGCAAAGAUCUAACCAUAGAUACGGACAUUAAACUGUUAACCCUGUGUCUUUCAUUAAGUUUUAUUGACAUAUGUAAGUAUGUAUAUAUGUUUGACAUUGUCAUUGUACAUGUAGAUGUAAAAUUGUAAAAAUUCAUGUAAAAUGUCUUUGUCAAUAAUGAAAACAUUGUUGUAAAAAAAAAUUUUUAUUGCAAUGACUUUUUCUGUGAUAGGAUAUUACUGGUAAAUAUUACUUGAAAUACAGGAAACAUAGUCAAUAUGAGUUGUUUCAUUUUCAAACACAUUUCAGAUUUCAGAAAUAGAAUUAAGGUAAAAAAAAAAAGAAGAAAAAAAUAUGUCUCUAAAUUUUGUUUAAGAUUAAAUUUUAAUUCACUAUUAUAUGUGAUUUGGAAACUGAAUAAAAAAAAAAAAGAAAAAACUAGUAUAUUUAUUAGCAAGAACAUUUCAAGAAGGACAGAUAACUGAAUGUAUGUUCCGUGCAAUGAGAUAUUGGAUAUUUAUUGUAUAAUAGAUAAUCUUAUUAUUUUUUGUGAUGUUUUCAUUUUUGAAAUGUUGUGUGCUUGGUACAUGUAUGUAUAAGAUAUGUACAGAAUGUCAGUUCAUUCCAUAUAUUUUUUUAGGUACCCCAUUAUAAGUAUUAUGUGUGUGUCUGCUGCAGUCUUUAGUAUUAAAAUGGAUUUAAUAUUGUCAUUAGGCUUAAUGGCUAAACAUCAAUGCAAUGCUAAGUUUUUUAUGUAAUACUUUUUUAUUGUGUAUUACUGCUUAAACAUAUACCUGUGAUUUAGAAAGAGUGUCAUUAAGGUCAAAGUAGGUCCUGUUUUUUUUUUUAAAGUUUCAGGUACAAAUGAGAAAAUGAAUAUAAUAUGUAUAUAGAUAUACCAUAUUAGUGCAAAUUCUAUAAGGAAUAAUAUCAAAUGAGAAAACCAAAAUUAGUUUUUGCAACAAAAAAAACAACAAAGAUGCAAUCUUCAGCUUUCAGUAAACUAACCAUCAAUAUAUUUCAAUGAAAAGAAUAGUUCUAGAGUGGGUCUCAUUGGGGUCUAAGCGUGACGCGGGAUUGCCGAUUUUUUGUAAGCGUGACACGUGAAAGUCAAAUUAUUGUGUCGUGAAAACGGGAAAUGAGGUCUUGCGGGACCCGGGAAAUGACAAAAAAUGAGAAUUGCUUACGUAUAUAGUGUAAGCGGGAUACGGGAAUCUGACAAAACAGUAAGCGGGAUCCGGGAUCGGAACCCCCCAAUGAGACCCCC